CUGUUAGCUACUGCAAUAACGUAAAAUUACAGCUUUCUUCACCUUUACACAUCCUGUCUACAAGAAAAGUGGCACUAAACACUAUGGAAUCCAAUAAUCAUCAACAACAUCAACCAAAUGCCUCACUCCCAAGUGAAUCCCCUGUUCAGUCUACCGAUGCCACACCAACGACGACGACAACAGCAUCAUUAUCAACAACAACAACAACACAUGAGCAGCAACUCACCUCUAGCGAAUCCUUCUGCCGCGACCCCUUCUCCCCAAACUACUGCUACAUCUGCCCGUUGAACGAGCAGGAAAAAGCCGAAUGGAUCGCUACCUGGCCGUUGCCCCUGCGCGCCGACCACUGGGAAGUUUACGAGUCGGCCGAACAUGCCGAGGUAACGCGGCCGUUUGAUCAGCUGCGUGUGCUGCUGCGUCAGCGCGGGCUGGACGAGGAGUUUAUGAGGAUUAUGAGUGGUAGCCGUGAUCAAACACAAGCGGAUGGCUUCAACAAUGACUUCGAGGAGCGGUAUGAAGAAGCGAGGAAGUUUCUUAGGGGUGCGAACGAGGGGGAGUUGUUGGAGAGGGCGGAGGAGAUUUGAAGGAAGG